UAACCGUUGAUGGGUGGAAUCUCGCGCCUCAGACACCUUCAGGUUGUAGCUCAGACUAGAAGACUCACGAAGGUAAAAUGCAGCUGAACAACCGGCCGAGGCUCACCAGUCUGAAGCUAGCUGUUAUUAUCUAACAUUAGUUUAAGAAGAAGAAGAAAAAGAAGAUGAAGAAACACCUGAGUCCUACCAAGCAGCAGCAGCAGCAGCAGCAGACACCGGCGGACGGUGUCCCGGUUACCGGAGACGGUACCGUUACCGUCCAACAACUCAACGAGCUGCUGUCUAACGGCAGCGGCUUCUACAGUCUACCGACUCAACACUUCAACGAGGUCUACCCGCGGAUAUACAUCGGUAACGCGUUUGUAGCCCAGAAUGCAAUGCGUCUGCAGAAACUCGGAGUGACGCACGUCCUCAACGUGGCGGAGGGCACCUCCUUCAUGCAUGUCAACACCAGUGUGGACUUCUACGCCGGCACGGGCAUCACGUACCACGGCAUCCAAGCCAACGACACGGAGAAGUUCCACCUCAGUGCCUUCUUUGAGGAGGGGGCUGAUUUUAUCGACAAGGCCCUCGCACACAAUAACGGCAAAGGGAAAGUGUACGUACACUGCAGAGAAGGCUACAGCCGCUCCCCCACCAUGGUCGUUGCUUACCUCAUGCUGCGCCACAAAAUGGAUGCCCGACUGGCGGUGGCCACCGUGAGGCACAAGAGAGAGAUCGGCCCCAACGACGGCUUCCUUCGCCAACUGUGCCAACUUAACGAGAAGCUGGCGAAGGAGGGCAAGCUGAACGGGGAGGUGGGCAAACUAAAGACCAAAUGAGAGCAGGACUCCUCCCAAUCGCAGGAGACGGACCCCCACCCUGACCAAACCAGCACCCAUCUGACACACCAAGGGGUAUUCUGAAACACAAACAUACAUGCAUUUAUCUGUGUAGAUAAUUAUUCCUCAUGCACACAAACACACACAUUUUUAAUGUUCAGUUCACGUCUGUCACGGGGACAUCCGUCAGUCCUCCGCCUGCUCCUACAAGUCAAAUAUUCCCUCAUUUUUUAAACUACACCACACAGAUGUGCAGACGUUUUGCUGCCAAAAGCAGCAACCUUUUAAAGCAUUCCUUCAAUUCCCCCUCACAGGAGGUGAAAACUUCGCCCUGAUUUUUAAAGAUUUCCUAAAAUAGAAGAUUAUAGCACAAUCAUUCCAUAGUUUUCCACUGCCGGGAAUGCCAGUGAUGUCUCCGCCAGCAGGAGUACUCUAUAAAUUCCAAAUGAACUCUUAGAUAUUAAAAACCACACAUGAUGCAGCAGACAAAAUACGUCAGAAAGCGAUAUGUGAAUGGAUGGAGGAAAAUCCCAAACAUUCCAUGAAAAACUGAAAAAGAGUUGCCCUCUCAAUCCUUAAAAUUUAUCCCCUGCCUUUUUGGGGGCAGAUAUUUAAUGCACAAACAAUUCACACUCUAACACAAGCUCUGUGUAGCACUUCAGUCAGCAUCCUCGGCCUCUAGUUUGACAGCGGUAGCACCACGUCCGUCGGUUGUUGUAUCUCCGAGGCUGGCAGCAACGACAGCAAAGGUCGAACUCAUUAAAAAUAACGAGCUGCUUGCGUGGGUUGUUCAUGUCGCAGCCGCAUUUAGCUGCUGAUAUGACCGACGUUCAUUAGAGCUGAAUGGGAUUUAGUUUGUCAUUGAGCUCAGUCACAUUUACAGUAUAGUACACAGUAUCUGAGGGGAACACUGGACUGAAUAUCCUCUUUAAAAAGAACCUUCAAAUGAGCUAAUUUACAGUAUUUCAUUUCUAUAGUGGCUUAUUUACAAAUUCAAUUUCCUCCUGCAUGAGAAAUAAUAAGAGUGACAUUCAUUUGAGGUUAUUAUAAUUUUCUGUAGAGCAGGACUGCGUUUCAAAAUGUCAUUUUACUCACCAACUUCUAUUAUCUGGACGCUAAGAAGAGGUUUACACUGGAUAAGUACACUUUCUGCUGGUUCAGUUUGUGUGUACGAUGUAGUAGGAUGAGUAUUAUACUGGUAGGAAACACUUUUAAUAAAUACUAUAACACUGUAUGGCGUUUACAUAGGAGGUGUUUUUCAGUGUUGUGUUUGACAGAACAGAUAUAAUCCUAUUUUAUUCAACCUAACAACGUAACGUAACAACCUGACAUAACAACCGUAACUAGCGUAAAUAAAUAUCAACCGCACUUAGUGGACUUUCUAACAUAUCGUAACAAGCAUAACAAUUUUACCUAACAAGUGUAAAUCAACGUUUACUGUUGGUUUCAUACAGGACACAAACAGAGGUCUCCUGGGUGAAACUAUUGGUUAGGUUUAGGCGGCAAAACUACUUGGCUGAGGUUAGAAAAAAUGGUUUGAAUCAUGGUUUUGUGUUAUAAUAACGUAACAACUUGACGCAACAACGUAACGUAACAAUGUAACGUAACAACGUAACGUAACGUAACAAACGUAACG